AGUGGGCCCCCGCAGGUGUCCUGGAAGGAAGGAGCCUUCCUACAAUAUUUGGAGGUUUAUGGGCCCCGUAGAAGGGAGGCAGAGCCCAGGGUUCUGGCAUGAGGUGAAUGCCAGGGAACUCUCUAUGGAAAAAUACACAAGGGGCUCACCAGCUAAUUAAGAAAGAAGCACGACUGGAAGUUCUGGUUAAAAUGCAGAAUCAGCAAAGGAAACUAAGGAAACCAGGGAGUGGAUGACCAGCAAGCGAAGCGGCAUUGGCUGCUCCAGAAUGAAUCACAGCUCCAAGAAGGGGAAGUAGAGCCCAGCUGGCACUCGGCUAUGGCCUGUGAACCACCAAUGGGCCCCAGCGGGGCAGCCAGCCCACUGCCCACCUCCUCCCCGGGUUGGAGCGCCUUGCCUGGAGGGAGUCCUCCAGGCUGGGGGCAAGAGCUCCGCAAUGGCCAGGUGCUCACGGUUCUCCGGAUCGACAAUACCUGUGCACCCAUCUCCUUCGAUCUGGGCGCCGUGGAGGAGCAACUGCAGACAUGGGGCAUUCAGGUCCCUGCCGACCAGUACAGGAGCUUGGCCGAAAGCGCCCUAUUGGAGCCCCAAGUGAGAAGAUACAUCAUCUACAACUCCAGGCCCAUGCGGCUGGCCUUUGCUGUGGUUUUCUAUGUGGUGGUCUGGGCCAACAUCUACUCCACCAGCCAGAUGUUUGCCCUGGGGAACCACUGGGUGGGUGUGCUGCUUGUGACCCUGGCCGCCAUGAGCCUGACCCUGACCCUCGUGCUCAUCUUCGAGAGACACCAGAGGAAGGCCAACAGCAACACAGACCUUAGGCUGGCGGCUGCCAACGGAGCCCUCCUGAGACACCGGGUGCUGCUGGGGGUGACGGACACGGUGGAAGGCUGUCAGAGCGUGAUUCAGCUCUGGUUUGUCUACUUCAACCUCGAGGACUGUGUGCAGUUUUUGUGUGACCACAUUCGAGAGAUGAAGAUGAGCCAAGAGUCCUUGCUGCGAAGCAGAUUGAGCCAGCUGUGUGUUGUCAUGGAAACCGGGGUGAACCCCGAGACAGAGGAGGGGCCCGAGAACCUGUUGGAGGAAGCUCCUCUCCUGCCCAGCAGCCCUCAUCCUGAGGAGAGGCCACUCAUGCAGACUGAACUUCGCCAGCUUGUUCCUGAGGCUGAGCCGGAGGAAAUGGCCCAGCACCUGCUGGCAGUAUUUGGUGGCUACUACAUCCGGCUCCUCGUGACCUCGCAGCUCCCCCAGGCAGUGGGGACACGACACACAGACUCUGCAAGGUUUCCCUGCCCCUGCCAGCUCGUAGAAGCCCAUAUCCUGGGCACUGGGUGCUGCCCCUUCCUGGCCAGGUGACCUAGGGAGGAAGGCACCCAGCUUCCUGCAGGGCUGAAGGUGAGACAUCGGGAAGGCUUGGUGCCCCAGCUGGCUGCACGUGAGCCCCCAGGUGAGGAGAGAAGCAUCUAGGAGCACGCUGAAGAGUGUCAGUCAUGUCAGCAGCAGGGGUGGUAUCGUGCUCACUCCAGGACUCUGCGCAGAAAUGCCUGUUGACAUCCCAUGCUGAUCCCUGGCCUUUUCAGAAGCUGCUGGUAGCCAAGCUGGUCCCACUCCAGACUACCCUGUGCUGCCUAGAACCAGGGGCACGGACGGAGGGCCACUCUCCCAUGCCUUUCAUUGUUUGGAGAGCCCAGGAAAUGUGAAGAGGACCCUACUGGGCCAACCAUGUGUCCAAAGCUUGGUCUCCGAUGAUGCUCCCAUCCUCAGCUACUUCAUGUCAGAUGGGGAAACUGAGCCUUGGAGAGGACUCUGCUCUCUGUAGCAUUAUCUUGGCCCUCUAGAAUUCCUACUCUGAAGGAAAGAAGUCAGUUCUCAGAAUGUUCCCCCCUUUUAAGUUUUUCCUGCCCUUUAUUUUAUGAAAAACAAUGGCCCGAUGUUGUUUGCUCGCACACACACUUCCAGGGGACAAAAAAAAGAAACCAACAGCAUGUAACUGAUGAUGGAACUCUUUGGAAAAGAUCGAUCCUGAUUUGUGGAUGUCUUUUGUUCAACGGCAUGCAUGCUUGUGGUUGUGGUUUUCUCCUUCAGGCCUAGACUCACAGUCCUGUAUUUUCUGACACUAACACUGUCCUGGAAUGAAGCAUAAUCUGUCACUCAUGGCGUUCCAUGAAGAGCUCGGGGGCUUCCAGGUUCUCUGCUCCUGAGCAAGUUUGAAGACCGAUUAUUCCAUAGGCCCAAAUCCAAAAGAUGUGCCCUGGCACGCAAAGGCUCCCCAACCUCCAGGACCCAGCCCUCAUCUGUAGUUUUGGCUUCAUCUCCCACAGAACUUCUUGCUAAGUUGAAACUUUUUCCUGGACUAACAUACCUAUUCUGUUGCGUUCGUUGAACUCCUGUGCAUGCUUCAAAGCCCAGCUUUACUUACCCUCCUUCAGGAAGCCUUUCAACAUAGAACAUGCCCUGCUUCGCUGCCUCCUCUAAAUUCUUAAUGUAGCUGCUGCCUUUGUUGAGGUUUUAUGUUAUUCUGCUUUCCUACGCAUAUGUGUAUUUUUCGAGCUAGACUAAGCUCCUGAAGGACAAAGAUCUCACCUUAUAAUUUUUGUGCAUGGCCUGGACCUGCUAAGGAAAAAAAAUCCAGUGGAUUGAGUGCUUUGUCAUCUCCAUAGUAACAUUUGCAGAUUGUGCUCUCUACUCAGUUGAAUGAUGAAGUUGGCACAGACCUGGGUUCUGGUCCUGACUGACAUUUCUGGCUGUGCAACUUUCAGCCAGUCCUCAGUUUACUCAUCGUUAUAUAAAAGGAUAUAUAGUGGACAGGUUGGAUGAUUCUUAAUUGCCCUUCCAAAGCCAAAGUUCUGGCUUUUUCUGUUCCAGUCUAGCCCUUGGCCUGUUAUGUUUUUAUCUACAUGUAGAAGGUCCUCUAGCCUUGCAUGACCGAGGUGUCCCAGACCUGAUGGGCCUUUGGACAGAACACGGGCCUAGCGAGCAGGAGACCUGGAUUCUCAUGCCGGGUGAGAAGCUUCCUAGAAGCAUGACCGUUGGCUACGUCACUUACCCUGUCCGAGGGCCAGUUUACUCCUUUAUAAAUGGAUCUGGUGAACAUGAAAGGUAAUUGUGUGGGUGACUUGCUGUGUAAGAGACCAGUCUGACUGUUUUCUUUCUCUGAGCCAGAGAAGAGAAAUUGUGGACAUAGACCCACCCUCGGAAAUGGCCAUUGUAGACAUUUCUCUUUAGAGAUUUCUCUGAGGGCAGCUAUACUCGAUAAGAGUAACUCGUGGAGGCAGUCACUGUUCUUCUCACCUGCCGCAGAGGAUAUGCGGGCUGGGGACAGGAUCUGUAGAAGCCCGUCUUUAUCAUCCACCCAUAAAACCCUGGUAAGUCUCGUAGGAGAAUAAAAAUGUGUCUGUUAAAUGACGGAACAGGGCUCCUGGGUGGCUCAGUCGGUUAAGUGACUGCCUUCGGCUCAGGUCAUGAUCCUGGAGUCCCGGGAUCGAGUCCCGCAUCAGGCUCCCUGCUCAGUGGAGAGUCUGCUUCUCCCUCUGACCCUCCUCCCUCUCAUGCUCUCUGUCUCUCAUUCUCUCUCUCGCAAAUAAAUAAAAUCUUUAAAAAAAAAAAAAUGACGGAACAGCUGUUCUUCCAUUUCAAGGCUGAUUUACAGACCCCUCCUGGAGGGGUUCUUUCCUGCUUUUUCCUCUCCAAGUUUCUGGUGGUCUCACCUGGUGGGUGGAACACUCAGGUGUGCCCCCAGGUACUUCCUUUGCAUCUGCCCCUUGGUUUUCUCAUUUAGAAAAUCCUGUGAUCUCUGCCUUGCCUGCCUCCCAGGGUUGUGUGAGGAUCAGAAUCCAUCAGUGGACACGCUCUGCUUUAAGGCUGUGUGCCGAGGACAGGCACGGAGGUGGUGUCUUGAUGGGCGAGCGGAGGGUGUGGCUCAGAGCUUGGCUUCUAGACUCAGAUCCAGGUUCUGCUCCUUAGAGCAGCGUCCUUCCCAUCCUUGGGUGUCCCUCCUCACGUGUGGAAUGAGGAUAAGAGUACCUCCUUGGCUUGGCAGGUAUUGUGAAGAUUAAAUAUAAAGUACUUGCAACUUUGAGUUGCAAGCUUGAGUAAGAGCACAAUCAAUUGUUGCUAUAUAUAUAUAUAUAUUUUUUUUUUUUAAUCUCUCACUAUGUCUUAUAUACCGUAGGUGCCCAGGAUAUAUAUUUAUUGAUGUAGUAGGUCUUUAACAGUUAAUGUUUAUUCAGUCUGCAUAAGACCUCAGUUACUCCAGCACCGUGGGAUGUAUUUAUGUGAAUAAAGCUUCUAGUCCAAUCUCUCUGAAAUUCAGUACCAGGAGGUAGCAGCGAGCUGGUGACUUUGGGCCACAUGCUCACCCUCUCUAUUCCUCCUAUACCUCCAUUUCUUCACCCAUAAGGGAGGGUGUGAGGAUAGGGGCAUUAACUGAGGUGUUGCAUGGGAAGUACAAGGUCUGGGCCGUAGUAUGGUCCAAAGUCAGGGCUCCAUCAGUGACCGCAUUUCUGUGCCACUGUUGCAUGCUGUUUGCUCCCCGUGUCUGUUGGUGCUGGUUCAGACCUGCGUUGCUCAAAUCUGCAUCCUUACCCAUUUCAGGUUGUUAGUGCGAUCAGUCACUGAGGGAGGAAAAUCUCCAAGUACGACUGUAGAUUUUCUGUUUUGCCUUUUACUUCUUCUUCUUCUUUUUUUUUUUUUUUUAAUUUAUUUGACAGAGAGAGACACAGCGAGAGAGGGAACACAAGCAGGGGGAAUGGGAGAGGGAGAAGCAGGUUCCUGGCUGAGCAGGGAGCCCGAUGCGGGGCUCGAUCCCAGGACCCUGGGAUCACGACCUGAGCCGAAGCAGACGCUUAAUGACUGAGCCACCCAGGCGCCCCUUGCCUUUUACUUAUGACACAUUUUUUUUUUUACAUCGUUUUAAAAAAUUAAGAUGUAAUUCACAUAGCAUAAAACUCACUGUUUUAAAGAUUUAUUUAUUUUUUCCAGAAGAGAGAGAGAGCAUGCGCAUACACAUGAGUGAGGGGCAGAGGGAAAGAAUCCCAAGCAGACUCCAUGCUGAGCCUGUUGGGGCUUGAUUUCACGACCGUGAGGUCAUGAUCUGAGCCCAAACCAAGAGUCUGAUGCUUAAGUGACUGAGCCACCCAGGCCCCCCCCAAAAUGCACCGUUUUAAAGUAUACAGUUCAGUGGUUUUCAGUAUAUUCACAGGAUUGCAUGACCAUGAAACUAUUUUAUUCUAGAACAUUUUCAUCACCCUCCCCAUGCCUCCCCUGCCAAAAACCCAUACCCAUUAGCAGUCACUACCCAUCCUGCCACCCCCCCCACUCCCUGCCCCCCAGCCCUGACAACUGCUGAUCUGCUUUCUAUCUCUGGAUUUUCCCCUUCUGGAUAUUUCCUAUAAAUGGAACAUACAGUAUAUGUCCUUUUAUGUCAAGCUUUUCUAGUAGUAACAAAAUAUUUUCAAGAUUCCUCCAUGUUAUAGCAUGUAUCAUUAUUCCUUAUGAUUAAUUUUUAAUUCCUUAUUAUUCCUGAAUGAUAUUCCAUUACAUGGAUAUAUCCCAUUUUGUUUAUCCUUCUUCAGCUGGGUUGUUUCUAUUUUUUGGCUUCUGUGAAUAAUGCUGCUGAGAACAAUUACGUAUAAGUUUUUGUGUGAACAUAUCUCUUAGUUCACUUUUUUUUUAAAGAUUUUAUUUAUUUAUUUGAGAGAGAGAAUGAGAGAGAGAGAGCACGAGAGGGGGGAGGGUCAGAAGGAGAAGCAGACUCUCUGCCGAACAGGGAGCCCGAUGCGGGACUCGAUCCCGGGACUCCAGGAUCAUGACCUGAGCCGAAGGCAGUCGCUUAACCAACUGAGCCACCCAGGUGCCCUCUUAGUUCACUGCUGACAAGUUUUCCUCUGCUGUCAUACACAUGCAGACAAAUUUAGGGUUGUUAAAACUUCCCAAUGGCUUGGCCCUUUCAUCUUUAUGAAAUGUCCCUCCUUAUCUCUAUUAGAUUAUUGCCUUAAAAUCUACUCUGUCUGGCACAUUAGCUUUCUUUGGAUUAGGGAUUACACAGUAUAUAUUUGCUCAUCUUUUACUUUCAAUUUAUCUGUGUUUCUAUAUUUAAAGAGCCCUUCCUGUGGACAUGUGGGAUUAAAAAGAAUUCUCUGCUUUUUUUUUUUUUUAAGAUUUUAUUUAUUUGAGAGAGAGAGAGAGCACAAGUGGGUGAGGAAUAGAGAAGCAGAGGAGGAGGAAGAGCAGACUCCCCACCGAGCAGGGAGCUUGAUGCGGGGCUCCAUCCCAGGACCCUGGGAUCAUGACCAGAGCUGAAGGCAGACGCCAACCAACUGAGCCACCCAGGCACCCCUCAGUUCUCUGUCUUAAAUCACAACAGACAUUAUUAUAUAACCAGCACUCAUUUAGAUUGAUCCCCAUGUUUACUUUUUAUUACUCUUUAUCUGUUACCUUUUUCUUACUUUUUGUUUCUUCCUGCAUUUCCACACAUUUAUCCAUGAUUAUUCUCCUUUUCCUGGAACUACCUUUGGAAUUUUUCUUCAGUCCAGGAGAGCAUGCAGUACAUUUAGAACUACCUUUGGCAUUUUCUUUCCCAUACAGACCCUCGGGUGACAGAUGGAGUUUUUGUUUGCCAAAAAGCCUCUGUUUUGUCUCGAAUUUUGAAAGAUAUUUUUGGUGCGUCAAGAAUUCUAGGGCACUACAGCUAUUUUCUUUAAAAAUUUGGAAGAUGUCAAAAAAACCCCACGACCACACCAACUUUGGAAGAUGUAAAAAAAAAAACCCCACGACCACACCAACUUUGGAAGAUGUCAAAAAAAACCCACGACCACACCAACUUUGGAAGAUGUC